AUGCCUCCGACUACAGUUGCUACCGUCACCUCCAAUAUCACAGCUACGCCGCCCAGUGAUCUCAAAUCCGAUCAAUCGCCAUCCACUGCCCAACUCCCUCCCAAACCAGAUGUCCCUCAGGGAAUGUCCACCGCGGAGAUGCAGCGGCAGAUUCAGUCGUCGCUCCAGCGUCCGGCUUUCACCAGUCGCCUGGCGCAGGGCCUGCGCAAGACGGCCAAAUCUACCACACAGACCUACAUUACAUACGGCCAGACUGAUGUGUUGUUCAAAGCGUGCGCGAAACAGGCCGAUUAUUUUAUCCCAGACGACCAGCGGAUGCAAAUCGUGACAGGAAAGGGUCCUCCCAAAGCCGCCGACGGUGCGGACCUCGGCCAUCCCGUUGGCGAGACAUGGUGGUUUAACACCCUCGAUCUCCCGCCGACGUUCUCCACCUGGUCCGCGGUGACGUUCUUGCACAUGUAUAUCUUGACUGUCCGAUUGCGAGCACUGCAGACUCCGGCAGCAUUUCAAAGUUAUCAUCGUUACCUAAUCGAACAUUUCUCGCAAGCCGCGGAGGACAAGAUGCUAAUACAGCACAAUAUGUCCGCUCGUGGCAUCCGGAACAAAUACCUCAGAGACCUGUUUCUGCAAUGGCGCGGCAAUAUCGUUGCGUAUGACGAGGGUCUGGUUAAGGGAGAUGCCGUUCUUGGGGCCGCCGUCUGGAGAAAUCUUUUCCAUGGGCAAGAGGAUGUGGAUUGGGAGAAGGUUGCGCUCGUGGUGGGCUUUAUGCGUAAGGUGAUCAGUAAACUGGGCUAUUUGCGCGUCACAGAUAUGAUGAGCGGGAUGGAUGGCCCCAAGGGCCUCUGGGCGCUUGGCCAGAGGGAUGCGGAAGUGAUGCUGCAGAGACGCAGCAAGGGCCUGCAAGAACCAUUCGAAGAAUGA